ACGACAGCCGCUGUCAUCGUGGUGCUGAGGCUUUUUGCAAAGCAAAAAUGUCUGCCUAAGGGAAACUCGUAACUGAUAUAUAGAGGAUAUUUUCCCACGUAUCGCCGUUUUAAACCCGAUUUCUGCCUUUGCGAGGCGCGUCGGAAGAAAGCGACUCAUCACCAGAUCACCCUAGUCCGGAUUUUAAUCGAGAAACAGGUUUCUAGAUCGUCAGGAUGAAUCCUCAGCAGCGGAUUGCCGCUCUCGGAACUGAUAAGGAAUUGAGUGACCUGCUGGAUUUCAGUGCGAUGUUCUCUCCACCUGUAGGCGGAGGGAAAAAUAGGCCAACCACACUUGGAAGCAGUCAGUUCAGUGCAUCAGGUAUGGAUGAGCGGACCAACCAAGCGUCUUGGGCCCCAGGUGGCGAGUCCAGUCCUUCCUAUGAAUCCUCCCGGGGUUUUGCAGACAGCCCUCAUUACGGCGAUCACAUGAGUGACAGCCGAUUAGUGUCCCAUGAAGAAUUGUCCCCAACACCUUUUAUGAACUCAAACAUAAUUGGUAAAACUGAGAGGGCUUCGUUUCUUGGCUAUGGGAGGGAUCCUGGAGCAUCUGGUAGCCAGGCGUCUCUCAGGCCAGAUGCAGCUUUGACUAGUCCCAAUUCUGUGACUACGUCGGGGAAAUCCACUGCUCCGUUUUACUCCUUCAAUGCAGCCAAUCCCAGAAGACGUUCUCUGCAAGACGCUCCACUCAUCGAUCCACUACAAACAAAAAAGGUUCGCAAGGUCCCUCCUGGCCUGCCUUCAUCUGUGUACGCACCGUCUCCAAACUCAGAGGACUUCAACAGAGAUUCCCCCUCGUACUCCUCGCCUAAACCUUCCAGCAGUAUGUUUGCAAGCACUUUCUUUGACGGUACCCACAGUUCAUCUGACCCGUGGAAUUCGUCCAGCGGGAUCAGUCAGCCCGGCUACGGGGGAAUGCUGGCAGGAUCUUCAUCUCACAUGGCCCAGACGGGAAACUACAGCAGCCUGCACUCACAUGACCGUUUGAAUUACCCCGCACAUUCAGUCUCUCCGGACAUCAACGCCAGUCUUCCUCCCAUGUCAAGCUUCCACCGGAGCAACACCAGCACUUCACCGUUCGUCACCGCAGCACACACUUCAUCCGUCAACUCCAUCGAUGGGGUUAUGGUCGCUGCGAAUCGGGGGACGACUAGUGGAAGCUCGCAGACUGGAGAUGCACUGGGCAAGGCUCUGGCCUCGAUUUACUCACCUGACCACACUAGCAGUAGCUUCCCGUCCAAUCCGUCCACACCUGUGGGUUCCCCCUCACCUCUGACGGCCACAGCAGGAGCUGCUUCAGCCGGGACCGUCGUGAGCGCCGCAGGGACCCCGUCUGCAAGGCCAGGUGCCAACCAGUGGCCCCGUGCGAGCGGACAGACUCCCCCUUCUCCAAACUACGAGAACUCCCUCCACUCGCUGUCUCGGAUGGAAGAUCGCCUGGACAGAUUGGAUGAUGCAAUCCUUGUUUUGAGGAACCAUGCAGUGGGCUCCACCGCCAGCCUGCCCAGCGACAUUCACACCCUGCUGGGACAGGCGCAGAACGGGCCAAUAACAACCAUCGGACCAAACUUUCCCGCCUCUGCACUGGUUCCAAGUCGGACUGCAGCGAUGGGCGGCGACGACGCUGCCAGCCUCACCAACAGCCAUGGAGGCCUGCCCAGCACCGGCUCCACGUCCAGCACAGAGCUCAACCACCAGCUGGAGACCUUCAGAGGUCAGAGGUCACCCUUCGUGUUCUUCACAAAGAUCUACAGCUUUGCGAUGUCUCACCGCUGCGUGUUUUUUUCUCCCGCUGCAGGUCUUGCUUCAGCGCUGUCCGGUCAGAUUCCUGCCACCCUUGAGCUGAAGAUUGAGAAGCAGGAAAAGGACGACAUGCAUGACAGCCUGUCUGAUAAUAAAUCAGACGACGAGAGCGACAGGAGGGACAUGAAGACGCCCAGGACAGGCCAACGCACAAGCAUCACUGAAGACGAGGAUCUGAAUCCGGAGCAGAAGGCCGAGCGCGAGCGCGAGAGGAGGAUGGCGAACAACGCCCGUGAGCGCCUGAGGGUCCGAGACAUCAACGAGGCCUUCAAGGAGCUGGGCCGCAUGUGCCAGCUGCACUUGAAAAGCGAGAAGCCCCAGACUAAACUACUCAUCCUGCAUCAGGCGGUGGCCGUCAUUCUUAGCUUGGAGCAGCAGGUCAGAGAGAGGAACCUGAACCCCAAAGCAGCCUGCCUUAAGAGACGAGAGGAGGAGAAGGUUUCCGGCAGUUCCAGUGACGCCCAGCAGGGGCACACUGGAGUCCAUCCAGGCCUGACCGACACGUCCAACCCCCUGGGUCACCUCUGAGCAGGAGGCAGAUCGACGCCACGCGGCUCACCCCUGUGUGAGCUGGUGAGCCUGCUUCCCAGUGACAGACUGGACUUGUGGUUCCCACGCCAGUCGCAGGAGUCAGACCUCUUGAAGCAAAACUAAGAGUCCAACACGAUCCAGCCCUCAGAUUGAAGAGAGCCAAGCGUCCAGCUCCAUCCACCGACUAGUUUCCAUCUGCAAAUUUCUCCCCACAAAGAAAAACCGAAACCACAUAUCAGUGUCUGUAAGAAGAAGAAGCGUGUUGCUCCUGAACAAUCAGAGACCUACGCAACCUCCGCCAACCGUACGUGGAAGUUGCCUUGUGCCUAAACUGAAUUGACAAAUGCAUUGUAACAGCAAUUUUUUUUCUGUCUGUCUGUUUUUUUUUUCUAUUUAUUGAGCUGUCAGGUGUCUGCCGAAAGGGAAGGUUUGGUAAAAUCACAGAGAAGCGAGCGGCUUUUCAGUCGAGCUAUAGUUUGCUGUGUCACCGUUAAACCAGAGCACUGCCCCCCUGCUGAGACCAGGGGAAAACAUUUGAGAAGAUUAAUUUAUUGUCCAGUUUAGACUAAUAUUUAUACCCUGCAACAACAACAAAAAAUACUAGUUUUUAGAUGCGAACAGCAGAAUUGUCCAAUGUUUUAUUUUUGUUAAAGAAGAUAUAUUAUUUAUAUUUAUUUGCUUGAUUUUGCCUCUGGCCACGUGUGAAACCAAAACUACCUAAUGUGUGUUUUCUAAAGGUGAUUGGCAAACUGUAGUUUCACUGAAAGCUCAGAUGUAGUUUUGUUUUUGUUUUCCCUCCGUUUAGACAUUAAGAAGCAACCUGGUUAGCAUUCCCAGCAUAUUUAGUGUCUUAACAAAUAAAAACAGGACUCAGAGACCCAUCGUCCCUUUGCCAUAUAGUGUUAAACAAAAAGCAUUUCAAUGGUUUUACAGAUUCCUGUCAACAUUUAUCCUCCUGACAUUUUCUUCCUAUUAUUGUUGGGGUUUUUUUCAUCGUUGUUACGCCCAGCGAAUCAAAAUGCUUAAUGAGAUGUAGUGAAAGAGUAAAAGUUGCAAAAAAUGUAACAAAAAGAAAAGAAGAGGACGACGACCAUGCUAUCUCCUGGCCCGACGAACAUAUCAGUUUUCUUUUUGUUGAUAUUUCACUAAACUUCCAGUUUUUCAGAGUUAUGCUUAUCUGUGAGUCCGUCCUUCGUUUCGACUUCCAGCGCUCUCAGCCGUCUAAGUUAUUCUCCAGUUCGGAUCGAGGUUAGUUUGAACAAACACGGUCAGCAAGGUUUCCUUUAACACCUCAAAACAUCGAUCAUGUUUUUGUUUUCCCCAUCAGUGUGCAUGCAUUACAUCUCUCUCUUUUUUGUAUCUUUGGUCUUAAGACUUGCUUUAUAUUCCAUAUAUUUCUUUGUAUAUUAUGUGAUUUCCUCCAUUUGAAGCAAGGCGGCCACGUUCACGACGGGUUUUCAUCCAGAAUCAACGAUUCGCAGCAGGAGUUUACAUUCAGUACAUUUUUAUUAUUAUGUCAAAAACUGUAAAAUAAUGUGUUUCCUCUGACUGAAUGUGGCCUUCUUCUUCUUCCUUCAGUAUUUCAUGUUGACAGACUGAGGGUGUCACUUCCAGCUCUUAUUUCCUUCAUUUUGUUUGCUGUUCUUCCUUUGUUGUUUUUUUGCUCCUCUGUUUGCCAAGUUAGACUUUGCUGUAUUCCCAGAUGCUUUCCCUUGUAUAAUAUAUGAGAAAAAAUAAGAAAAUCAAAAGAAAAAAAAACAUUUGGCUUAUUUUUCACUGUAGUUAGUCUUUUAUACAAUAAUAAUACUGUAAGAAUAUUUCUUGAAUUCUAAAUAUUACUCUUUCUAGAUUUUUGAAAGCAAAGGUUUUGAGUAAAAAGUUUCUUACUUUAUUUUACUAUGUUAGAUAGUAAAAUGUACGGUUAUUUACCAUAACUUGUCAAUUAUUACAAGAGAUUUACAAGCGGCAGAAGACAGCAGAGCUGCGGCUCGUCGUUCUUUAAAAGGCUUCGAUCGAGCUGCAGGUUCCUGAAACAGAGACUUUCGUCUUCCGCUCUGGUCGCCGCUGUUCGCUGAUAAAACAUUUGGUCUUGUGUCAAAUAAGAAAAGGUGUCGAUCCGCAUUAAAAAAGAAAAAAAGACAAAGGAAAAAGGAUAAAACAACUGUGGCAGCGAGAAUUUGAAUUUUCUGUCUUUUACAGCAGGAAAACAUGUAUAUAACAUUUAUGUUGCAAUAAAUGUGCCAUCUUUUUUUAAACUGGAUUGUAUGUGCAUUCAUUUCCCUCUGAGCAAAGAGGUUUUUGUUUUUAUUGCCCUCUCAGAUUUUACCUUUUUCCCCAACGCAGCAACAUUUUCCUGUAAAACAACACAAAGAAAAAAACAAAGGUCGCCUCAGAAGGAAGAGUCUCGAUUAUUAGACUUUAUUAUUGUUUCUGUUUUUGCUUUUGGAGACGUUUCUACAGUGGAUUUAGGCCAAAUGAGUGUUUUAUAGUAUGUAACUUCUUUUUACCAGUGGACCAUUGUAGUCUGUAUGAAAAGUAAUAUGAAUAUAUAUGUUUCUAUUUUUAAUAAAGUGUGAUAGCAGCGUGA